CGAGCGCACCGGGAAGUUCGCCGACUGCACGAGUAUAUAAGCACACGACACAGUAUGGCAUCCGGGUUCGAAGGCAAGUCAGAUGCCGACAUCAUCGCACAGAGUGAGGCACAGCUCAACGAUCGAUCCAACAUUGUUCCUUCCAACAAGCUCUCCGCGGACGGCGAAGAGGCCAACGUGAGCAACAAUGAUCUCUCUGCUUUCCCCACCACAGAUGGCAUACCGCAAACAUCGGUCGGCCGGACUGGUCAGACGGGCGGUGGCACGAGCAGCCAGCUCAUCCCUGCCGAGGAAGGCGGCGAUGGCAUAGGCAGCCAGUCCACUACGUUUGAAGGACGUGGUGGACCACAAGAGAAAGCAGAGGACAUCGCAGCUGCCAACCCUGGUUCGGUUGACAAGUUCCAGUCGGGCCCGGGCUCGAGAUCUGUCCAGAACGAGACGAUCUCGAGCAACACGCUACCUGAAGACGGCCAACCCCAGCUGAUUGAUCAAAGUGCCAACCCCCUACGACGCUGA